GCACUCGAAGUUUACUACUCGAUCGCACCAAAACUAAUUGUUGUGCAGUUAUGCGGUUAGUUUAGCACGGGACAAGGGAUACACCUAUCGUGACAUCUACACUGGCCUUCAAAAAAAUGGGGACACUUCUUCAAAACGUCAUAAAUAUGGGAGUUUUCAACCGAUUUUCAUGAAACAUCGCCAGGAGUAGUUUUGAAGUGUCCUCUGGGCGUGUACAAAGUUGCAUUAGCGAGGGUUGAUGCGAAGGGGUUAAUUCACCCCUGUGAAGGUGAGGUGGUGGUGAAGGAAAACGGGAAUUUUGAAGGUUCCAGGGGUGACGGACGGGGUUGAAAAAAUAAAAAAUACCUUUGGGGCGACUUGAUGACCUCUACAGAAUGCACGCAUUGAAACCUACCCCUCACAACCCUCCCGCCCACCCUAAAAUCCACAAUUUUUGGACGACAGUCCCAGUAUUUUCAAAAUAAGAAAGAAAGAAAAACUAAUUGCAACAUACUUGAUAAUCGGGGAAAACACGAUUUGUUUUAACCGAAGGCAGACGAAUGUACUUAUAUACAGUGUAAUGAUUUUUAUUAUUUGUCGGGGGGUCGCGAGGUUUGAUUACUUAUGCAGAGGAGUUAGCUUUGUGGUCUUGGUGGAGGAAGGCUGAGGAAUUAAUCACUUCGCGCGACACUUCGUAUUAACCACGAUGUAUAGACGUUGCGAUAUAUUCCGAUACAACGCAGCAAGUGGUUUACACCCUCAGCCGUCUGGCCACUCGAUUGAUGCGCGAUUGUACCGAUCUCUCUCUCUCGAGGUGUACGCUCUGAAUUUAACCGUGAUUCUAGUAAUUGAGGGCUGUGCUGCAAUAAGCAGCACCAUUUUUGUUUAUGGUUUCGAGGUUAGACCAUAAUCACGAAUUUAAAAAAUUCCUUUUUUUUUUCAUGAUGCAAUAGGGAGACAGUUCCGGCAGCUGGGAAACCUGACGGUGUCGAUUUAACGGAGACAGAGCACGAAGAAGAACGAAUUUUGCACUAAUUUUACGAUUUUUUGUUUGUAUUUUGUUUGUAACUCCCUUAAAUUUCAGGUGUCUUUUAAAACGGGGCGCAGUAAGGAGUCAGCUCCAAACAGUAAUUCCCUCCCCACCACUCCGAAAAGGAAGGAUGGAAUCCGGAACGACGUAAUUUCAAUAUAAGAUACCUACACCACGAUACGAAAAAGAAACAGAAAGAAAAUUUCAAAAAUCUGAAUCUUAAAACGUUUCCUUUAAUUUCUAUUUUCUAAUUCCAAAGUAAUUAUACCAAAUCGUAAUGAUUCCGAAUCGUUUGAAACAUAUCGUGACUUUCGAGUCCACUUCUAUGAAGUUCGUUUUUUUUUUUUUUUUUGGAAGCUUGUUAAAGACAACUCUACAAGAUGGACGUCCAGAUUUCAAAAACUGUGGAAAAAUUCAGUAAACAAAGGUUGGAUCUUGACUAACAUCGGUUGUUCCUUAAACGAAAGCCGAGUCUUAGUCAUAGACCGAGUCUUUAGUCUCAGUCGAGGCUACUAAAUUCGCCCUGGCACUCGAGCCGUUAAUAAAAAAAAAGAUAAAGCCCUGCUGUCGGUAUCACCAACCCAAUCGUUUUACCGAUCCCUAGCGCGAGGUGACACGAGCGACGAUACCCUGCCGUCGUGAAGGGUUUCUCCCGUCGGCGCUCGCAGCCUUCCUCGCCGUUUAUUUUCCCGUGGACCAUCUUCCGCGCGUAUUACACAGCCUACCUCUUUAUCUCUCAUAGGCGACGAUUCGCAUGCAUCAAAGCUUCAUAAUAAAUUGAAUAUCAUAUCCAACGACGCGUCGGAGAAAACGAAGGAGAAACGGGGCAAGAAAGGUGAAUAGGGGGUGAGAGGGGGUAGGCGGAGAGGAGGGGUGGAAAGAGGAAAGAAGAAGAGGAAACCCGGAGGUCCUGGACCUGCGCCAUGCGAGGCGAGCGUCCCGUCACGGAGCGUUCCGAUGCUCGAAUCGCUCGACGACCAGCUCGACGCCGUCAGUACACGCGUCUCGACGCCCGGGGAUGCGUCCUGUGCCGGAAGCGCAGCGUCGGCUCUCGUUCUAACGGUUUCGAGGACCGAUCGCGUUAUCCUUCGCUGUUGAAGUGUGUCGUUUCGUGUAAAAAAAAAAAAAAAAAAAAAAAACACCACAAAGGAAAACAAUCGAUUGCAACACUGUACACAUAUGACGUGCCGUGUUCAUUCGCGAGUAUAAUGCUACACUAUCCUCACGAGAAUGAGGGUGGCACGGCUAUUACUGUGCUACGUACUUCUCGAAGACUACAGUACCAAUCUCGGCAGGGCUGCAAUUACCAGCGACGCCGCGCGCCAGGACGCCUCUGCGACGAAUCCCACGCUGCCAGAUCUGCCCAGCUUCACGAAGCCGAUCGGUAAUGUGACCGCAGCCAUCGGCAAAGAAGCCGUUCUACCGUGCACGAUCCGGAACCUGGGAAAUUACAAGGUGGGAUGGCUCCGCAUGGAGGACCAGACGAUAUUGUCGAUGGGUCAGCGAACGGUGACCCACUCGCCGCGGUUCCUCGCCACGCUGGAGAACGCGAGGACGAAGAAUCAGAGCCAAUCGAAGGACGAGGAGGAGGCCACUUCGCGGCUGCAUAUUCGCCAACUACGGGAAGCUGACCGAGGCUGCUACAUGUGCCAACUGAAUACGAAGCCCAUGUUGAGCCAGCUGGGAUGCGUGGAUGUCCUAGUUCCGCCAGAUAUACUGAGUUCCGGUACUUCGGAGGGUGAGGUUUCCGUUUUGGAGGGCGAGAACGCGACCCUCUCGUGCAACGCCUCUGGAAGACCGCCACCUCGUGUGCUCUGGCGACGCGAGAAAAGUGGUUCCAUACUUAUGAGGGGUCUUCACGAUCCGCUGAUACCAGUGGACAGCAGGUCCGGCGAGAAACUGGAAUUAACCAGGGUCGACAGGAGGCAAAUGGGAGCUUAUCUUUGCAUAGCCAGAAACGAAGUGCCACCGGCAGUCAGCAAGAGGGUCUAUCUGAGGGUGAACUUCCCACCUAGCGCGAAGGUUCCCAACCAACUGUUAAGCUCCCCUCUGGACACGGACGUGUCCCUAAUUUGCUUGAUCGAAGCUUAUCCAAAGACGAUUAACUUGUGGACCAGGAGGGAACAGGUUAUCAUGAGCGGGGGUAGAUACGAAAUCAACGAACGGGGACACCCGGACGAGGAAUGGAAGACAACGAUCGAGCUGAAGAUAAGGCGCUUGGAGCAAACGGAUUUAGGAGAGUACACGUGUUCGGCGUCCUCAAGCAUGGGGCGAGCCGAGGCCACCCUUAGAGUGUACGAGAUCGAACGCGCGACAUCCCCAACUCGCGCGACGUCCGCGAAUUGGAAGAAGUUGGGCAAAGGGAAGUCGAAGUACGCGCAAGUGACGACGAGCAAUCGAGCGUUCUACCAGAUGAGCACACCCGCGAUGCAGAAGAGUACCGCGAGGAUCGCGUACAACAAGUACGCGACCACCUCCACCACGAUGAACCCACGGGCGCAUUUUAACAAGGACGAGGACAGUUUCCAGGACUCCGGGAACCCUAGCGCGAAGAGUUCCGCCGAGGCCGGAACCACGGCCGUUCGAAUCUACGGCUUUUGUUUGCUAGUUUUCCUCGGUCUGCGAUAAAUGUAUGCCACGUUCUCCGUGAUUCUAUCGAUAAAGAAAAAGAUACCCAAAACGAAAAAAUGGCGCGAGUAGAGCGACGAAAAUAUUUCACUCGACUCGCGCGCGAACGAAACGGAGGAGUUCUACAUCUAGGCUGGCAAACAUUGCAGCUUCGAACAUUUCCGAACAAAACGAUCGAGAGAGGGAAUCCCGAACUUGAAAGUUUUAAUUGAACUUAAAGGAACGGUAAGGGUGGAAGGUCUACCGAGGACGGAGGGAAGUUCUUACCGCGUUUCACGGGACGAUGAAGUAAAAGUACUUGGACGGCGACGAUACAGCGUGCGAAUCGAUCAAGCGUCGCGGCGGAACGCUGUUUGCGAAUUUUAAAAGAGAAACAAACGCUUACGGUGGUAUUUUUUAUGAGUCUUUUGCCCAAAAGGGGUUUUCCGAGCGCGGGGGUGACAGAGACGAGUGCUCGUGAGCGUAAUGUGUUGUUUAGUUGGACUGAAUGUUUGUAACGUUGUCGAAUAUUUUUUUAACAACGUAUGAAUAAUAAACGUGGGACGAUGGGUUACAUCGAAUCGAGGGACUGUCUCGUUUCUCGUUCGCGGAGAGUUUUGGUAGGUGUUACGGUGUAAUUUUUAUAAUGUUAGCAUCGAGAAAGCCUUACCGCAUAUGCAGGGUGUCUGUCUCAAGUGGGCCACCAGUGUCAUUCACGAGAGCAUCGUUCGGGAAUGAUGGAAUGAAGAGGGGAAUUGAUAUACCGUCGACCGAUUAACUCGCGUUUACGAUAUUAUUUCAGCAAUGGCAGUGGCGAUCCAAUUAAAAUGAACAUCCGUUAACGUAUCGUUACGUCGUAAUAAUUAUUGUCAACGAUUAAUUAAGUACGUGUAUAACGUUUUCCACAAGGACUCGCGGCACGUCGUGAAUCGGCCCACCUUAAGCAACUAUUCGAUUACAUUCGAACGCAGACAAAUAAUUAGCAUACUAAUUUGUACAUACGGGGUGAGACGAUCGGUGGCGCGUUACACUUUCACGAGGUACCUCGAGACGAAUCGGAACUCGAGGAGGAAGAACGAAUGAAUGUUCCAUCUGAACAUGCUUAAAUUCACUUUUUAUCGAAGCAACAAAACGGAUAAAACAAUGUAAUGCAUACAUCAGUCUAAUAAAUAUUUUUACUGUUUCAUUUGAACCUGGAAUAUCUUGUAUACUCAGCAAUUAUUUUUAAACAUUGAUUUUGGGGACCUCUUCGAUGAGGGAAGAUGUCUCGUCUUCCCUAGGGUUAACGCGCCACUGAAUAAGGUAUCUUUGUUUAACGGUACGAUAAGGAAGGGAACCGAGAUCGCAAGUGGCAUCUCGAGGAACGUAAACACGGCAUAUCUAAGUCAGAUUCAUAUCCGUAGGACGUAUAGUACCGUACUGUAUAUUUUAGGGAGACACUAGACCUUACUUUCGUUACUUUACGUAUUUUUUUAAUCACUCGUAGGCGAAUAAUGUACCUCAUAUGCCAACGAUUAAACGAGAUCACAGCAUAAAUAUAAUUGGCGUGGUUGACUGCGAGGAAUCCGCUAACUUGUUUUUAGAUGAUAGAUUCUACCGAGCCCCGGAGAACGUUUACGGCUGAAGCGAACGAUUACUUGGUCGUUUAACGCGUAACGCUUAUUUUUCAAUUGACAUGUAUCCAUACGUAUACGAAACAAAUAGCACCUUAUUUUCUUAGCAUAGGAAUCAUUUACGGUGCAAUUAUAUACCUUGAGUAAACUUUUUCUUUCAGGGAAUCGACAAUAAGCGUUCCUAAUAGGUUGUGGUUUGUAUGUGUUUCGUAAUGUUCCUCGCAACACCGCAUACCGUAUACUCCUCUGUAAUCAGAAUCAGCGUGCAAAAUAGUGUUAGUAAAAAGAUUCGAGGUUUCUCGCGUAAAUAAAAUUUUCAAAGAGAGGAACACGAAGCUUUCUAUGACACCUAUUGCGCGUCGUCACGAAUGUCUUCUACUACAGAAUACAGGUUUUAGUCGCAGUGUGUGGUUUAUCGUCAUUGGAAUAGUAGCAUAUCCGCGAAAUAAACAAAAAAUAAAAAAAAUAAA